AUGGGCCACGAAGAAAGCCGGUCGAUGGGUCAGCUUCGUUACAUAUUCCCUUUUGCCCCUUGUGGUAUAGCAAAAAUAGGCACAAAAGAAAUGCGUUGCGACACCUUCACACUCGGCAUCAUCUGCGAUGUCGGAGGCCCACUCCUAUACGUGAGUGCUUUCUGA